AUGAACGACAACGACAAACAAAUUAUGAUUGGAGUCCUCCAACAGAUCGACAGAGUCGAUUUCAAAGUCCUCGCCCAAUCUCUACAUCCCGAGCUAGAGCCUGCAGAGAUCACCAGAACCAUGGUUGAGAGUCUUCGAAUACGCUGGAAGGGUCUGAAGCAACGACAUGGAAUUGAACCUCCUCCUACCACUCCUAACGUUUCGCCCAAGAAAGACGCAAACAAAGCUGUCAAUAGAGUUGGCAAUGGAAGUGGAAGAGGUAGAAAGCGAAAGGUCACCAUCGAAGACGACAACGAGUCCCAACCCCCGAGCCAGAUGAAAAAGAAAGACAAAGGACAGGGAAAGGCAGUUGUGAAGUUGGAGAUCAGCGAUAAAGGGGACAAAGCGUUUGAGGAUGCUAUCUUUGCUUUUGGUCCCGACGAUGAGGCUUGA